GGGCGGGGAGAGGUCGAGAGCUGGGGAGGAGAUGCCGGCGCAUUAGUUUGUCAGCAGGGCCUUGGGCGGGUGCUCUAGGCUCUGAGAAACCGGCUCGCCAGGCUUUCCCUAAGUGAAAGCAGGCACUGCUCCCCACCCGACGACUCAGUGCCUAGGUCUUUCAAGAUGGUGGUGGGGAAGUCGCAGGCCGGCAGGGAUGCUACCGCCUACUUCCGUACAGCCAGACCCUGGCCCUCGUUGGUCACAGCCCUGGGGCUGGGAUACUUCUCGUGGGUUGUCCUCUGGCCUCAGAGUAUCCCUUAUCAGAGCCUUGGACCCCUGGGCUACUUCACUCAGUAUUUGGUGAACCACCAUCACAGCCUCCUGCGAAAUGGGUAUUGGCUUGCCUGGCUGAUUCACGUGGGAGAGUCCUUAUAUGCCAUGGUAUUGUGCAAGUAUAAAGGAAUCACAGACAGUCGGGCUCAACUACUCUGGUUCCUGCAGACUUUCCUCUUUGGGAUAGCAUCUCUCUCCAUCUUGAUUGCUUACAGGCCAAAGCACCAAAAACACAGUUAAAGGGGAUAACCAAAACUUUCUCUCCACUUUUACAUUCAGACUCUCUUUUUGGGAGUGCUGUGUUUACUUGAUGAUCUUUCUACAUUCUAGAAGUGACUGUCCUACACAGGUUAUUUAAAAGACCCUCUGAUUAUUCAUUUUUCUUCCAUAUGCUCUGGUUGAGCUUGAGUAGAUUAGUUGUUACUUAAGAAAGAAAGAAGAAGAAAUUUUGGCUUUCCAAGUUCUGCAGAAAACCUGAGUGGAGCAGACUUGCAGCCACCCACUCUGAGACCCUUGGCUGUGCUGGCCCCUUUCUGUCUUCAGGGCUGAAGCAAGUACUAGAGUUGUGUGCUGGUGAACCUGUGCUCUGUUUCUAAGUAAAACAUCUCUUCUAAUUUUUCCCCCAUCUUUCUGAACCAAAAUAAAACAGCACUUUCACAAUACAUUUGUUAGACACCUGUGAGGCAGGAUCAGAUCUUCUCAACUGAGCACUUGCAUAAAAGCCCAAAGGACCCACUGAGAGCCAAGAGCCAGAGGGCCAGGGCACAUUUCCCUGAUGCUGCCAGCCAGAAGUGAUCCUUCCCAGCACAGGACCCCAGGAACACAGUGCUCCUUGGGAUGCAGAAUCUGAUGGCCACUGCUAGAUUGCCCCUUCAACUCGGGGCCACAAUGUAGGCAGCUGUCCUUUUCUCCUUGGCACCGGUCCCCACCUGCACAUCAGCAGUGGUGCUCCUCCAGUGUUACUAAACAAAGGAGGCAACGUUUCACUUUCCACUUGUUCUGAACCAUUCAUUCCAUGUACCCUCAUCUCAUAGGAAAGCUCAGGAUGACUUCAAUAGUGGUGCCACCUUUCUGUGGGACCUCUGGGGAAACCUAGAUUGUCCCCACUUUCCUAUUGUCUGUCACUUUCUUCAUCCAGCCCUAGCUUACUCAGUCACUUCCACAUUCCUGUCUAGAGAUCCUAGCCUGUAGGUUAUCAAGCUGGUUACUUCCUCCCUGGUUAAUCUGGAUGUACCUUAUUACCACUGGCUGUUGGGCAAAGAGGUCCCCUAUCUCUGUCCCUUUAAUUUGUCCCUAAGAUGAUACUGUCAUCCUUAGGAGCCAUUAGGGCUCCUCUGGAGAGCACCUGCUUGUUCUCUGGGGAGUAUUCCUCAUUUCCCUUUGUGAUACAGUGGGCAGGUUGUUGUAUUAGCAGACAUUUAUGAGAACUCUCCCUAAAAGGAAAGCCCCCAUGAGAGAUCAUGAACUAUGAAUUGCUUUAGUGGAGAUAAAUUUUUUGCAAAUGUAUCUCAGUCUUUCCUGAUCUUUCUCUUGUGAGUAGAGGAUACUUCUUAGUAAAAGAAAAAGAUUUUUGACCAGGAAUUAAGCAUCAUGGAGAUCCAACCCAGAUUUUUGUAAAGCAUGGCUAUCUCCAAAUGGAACUAAUAAUGACGGUAAUACUGGUGGUGUCCAGAACAAUAUGGCAGAUGAUUGAAUGAAAUGGACUAACUCGAAUAAAAUGCUGUGACUGUUUCUUCAA